UUGGUCGAAAUUAUGUUGUUUUAUUGUGAUCUUAGCGAGCAAAACAUUUAUAUUCCCCAUUCAAGUAGAACCGUCCCUAUGACAUCAAAGUACCGCGAGAGGGAUUCGAAAGCUGUGCUUCUGACUCGCUCUCGCGGAACUUCAUAAGGAUGAUAUUAAACUGAACACACAUUGCUAUAACCAGACUAUUUCGUUUCAAUAAAUCUCUCACUGCGUAUUAUAUUUAUUUUAUGUGCGUUUAAUUUAUAAACUGUUUGUUAAUAAAGCGGAACUGAAAACAAUGUCGUCACCGCCCAGAUAUGUGAAAGUGAAACCAAAAGUGGCAGUCGACAUGCUAUGGCGCUCUUAAAGGAUUGAUAAAAACAACCUAUGUUUAUUACAUUUAAAGAUGUUGCCCAAGACUCACCCCUUAUCCACUCCUACAUUAAUAGCACUUAUCUAUCUGCUGUGCUGUGAUCUUAUCCUCUGGGUUUGUGUAUGGGCUGUGUUGCUGAGGUUGGAUGGAGAAGGCAGCCUGGAUAUAUGGGACCUGUGGGCUUUCAGGACCAUCAGCUGGGCUCUGCUUUGUGCAGUGAGCACACUAGUUGCUGACAACAGUGUCCAUUCCCUCCUGAAGAGAUGGGUAGCCUUACUGAGCUUCUUACCUGCAGUGUUUGACAGUGUACAGACAAUGCUACCUGGGACUGUAAGAGGUUUUAGCCCUGUUCCUGAUCCUGGUAUGGUGAUCCUGAGCUCUGCCACAUCUACUAUUGUAUAUAUGGUGUUGGAGAUGGCCUUCCCACGUGGUGGAUCAGCUAAGGGUGCCAGAAACCAGAAGAAAGAUGAAGAAGCCAAAGCUCUGCUGAAGAGAGUAAUUUGGUAUUCCAGACCAGACUAUUUUCAUCUAGGGACUGCCUUCCUGUUCCUCAGCCUGGCAGCGUUGUUUGAGACGUUCAUUCCAUACAGCGUUGGGAAAGUUAUUGACUUACUGAGUGGAAAAUACCAACACAAUAACUUCUUGUGGGCUGUUGGACUCAUGGCACUUUGCUCACUAGGAAGUUCUAUGUUCGGUGGUCUGCGUGGGGGGAUGUUCAUGUGUAGCCUCAGCAGACUCAACAAGAGAAUCCGACACAUGCUGUUUCAGAACCUCAUGAAACAGGAGAUAAACUUCUUCGAAGAAAACAAACCAGGAAGUCUCACUUCACGUUUGAUCUCUGACACGGAUAAGAUGGGCCGUUCUGUCGCCAUGAACGUAAACGUGUUACUGCGCAGUCUGGUGAAAACAUGUGGCAUGCUGUACUUUAUGCUGGGCCUGUCCUGGCAGUUAACGCUCCUCACAUGCAUAGAGAUGCCUGUUCUUGCUUUCAUUCAGAAUUCGUACAACAACUUCUCACAGAAAACAUCCAGAGAAAUUCAGGACUGCAAUGCAGAGAUUGCGAAUUUGGCGUCUUCUGUCAUUGGGUCUAUAAAGACGGUACGCAGUUGUAAAGCGGAGGCUCAGGAGCAGAGAAGAUAUGAACAAGCUUUGAACAAUAAGCUCCAGUUGUUGAAACGAAAGGGCAUCUACAGUGCUGUUCACCUUUUAAUACGAAGGUUUAUUACAUUGGGCUUAAGGGUGGCAAUGCUGUUCCAAGGUCGAAAUCUCAUCUCCUCUGGACAGCUAAGCAGUGGCAGCCUUCUUGCGUUCGUCUUGUACCAGAAGGACAUGGUGACUAACAUGAAGCAACUUGUAUAUAUCUAUGGAGACAUGUUGAACACUGUCGGCUCAGCAGUAAAAGUCUUCCAGCUGCUCGAUAGGCAGCCACAGAUGAAAGAGGCAGAAGAUCUGGCGCCCAAGAAACUCACGGGAAGAUUGACUUUUGAGAAUGUCUCCUUUUAUUACAGCGCACGACCUGAUCAUAAAGCCCUUGAGGCUGUGACUUUAGAAUUGAGUCCGGGGAAGGUGACAGCAUUGGUGGGACCUUCUGGUGGUGGGAAGACUUCUUGUGUUUGUUUGCUGCAGCGAUUUUAUGAACCACAGGAGGGUGAGGUGUUGCUGGAUGGAGAACCUAUAUAUCGCUAUCAACACAAUUACUUCCACCAAAAGGUGGCGAUGGUAUCCCAGGAUCCUGUGCUUUUCUCUGGCUCCGUGAGACAUAAUAUUGAGUACGGAUUAGAGGAUUGUUCCUUCGAAAGAGUCAAAGAAGCCGCUCGGAAAGCCAAUGCACACAAGUUCAUAUGCAACCUAGAGCAGGGAUAUGACACGGAUGUUGGUGAAUGUGGUGACCAGCUGUCUGCAGGACAGAAGCAGUGUAUCGCUUUAGCCAGAGCUCUGAUAAGGAAACCGCAGAUUCUGAUCUUAGAUGAGGCAACCAGCCACAUGGACGGCAGCACACAACAAGCAAUUCAAGAUGUGCUCAAUAACAUAACAGAUCAGACAGUAUUGGUGGUAGCUCAUCGAUUGGAGACUGUGGAAAAAGCACACCACAUUAUCUUCAUGGAAGAUGGGAAGGUUGUGGAAAAGGGAACUCACCAGCAGCUAAUGGCCGAUCAGAAUGGAAGAUAUUAUCGACUCAAGGAAAAACUCUUUAAUACUGAGCCACAACCAGCGGAGUGAGACAGAUAUUGAUUAAACUGAUAUCUUUAUUUUUACACGCAUAGUACAUACUAACAGAUUGAGUUAUCUCUCACAUAAAAGCACUACAGGCCUGUGUGUGGAGAUGUUAUACUGAAGUUUAAAACUGUUUCUUGUGUACUAUCUUUUUACAUACUUACUGUAUAGUAUUUUAUUGAUUAUGAAAAGGACACAAUGUUUUGGAGCAAAACAGCAACAGCAUCCACUAUGAUAGUAUAUUACUGUAUAUAUAGUACUUUGAAUUAUACAAUACAACUAUUGUAGUGUAUAAUUAAUUCAAAUAAUGACAAGUGGGUUUGCCCUCAGGUCCAGAAAAAUGCGAAACAGUAUCUCAGAGCUUUUGUUCGAUUCUGUGGAUCCACCAAGAGCAGCUUGAUUGUAAGCAUCCUGAAGGUCUUUAUAAAGCGACUGAUAAAAGAAAAAGACAGUUGAGUGUUGUAUUUGAUAUAUGUAAAUGUGUAAAAUAAUAUUUUUAUGCAAGAUCUGGUAAUGUACCAACAAGCCAAGUAAUAAAAAAUAAAGUGUGAUCAGAUCUACCUCAA